CGGAAGUGCGGCGAUGUAUCCGGAAGUGCUCCGCAAAGACCAAAAGCGCCCCGAACUCGAACCGAAGAUUUCCGAAGUGACCCGAAUCGCUCCGAAAAUACCGGAAGUGCCCUCAGUUCAGCCGAAGCGUUCCGAACAUUGCCGAAAGGACCCGAAGUGCUCUGAAAUGAUCGCAAUUUCCCCGAUGUGUUCCGAAGUUCUCCGAAGCGACCCGAAGUGCUCCGAAGGGACCCAAAGUGCUCCGAACGCUUCCGAAAUGCUCCGAAAAGCUCCGAAGCUCUCGGAUGUUCUACGAAUAUCUCCGAAGAGCUCCGAACCGACCGGAAGUGCGCCGAGGAACCCGGAAGUGCUCCGAUAUCCCUCUGAACUGCUCCGAUGUGUUCCGAAAGGACCGGAAGUGCUCCGAAGUGCUGCGAAGGGACCCGAAGUGCUCCGAACGCUUCCGAAAUGCUCCGAAAAGCUCCGAAGCUCUCGGAUGUUCUACGAACAUCUCCGAACAGCUCCGAACGGACCGGAAGUGCGCCGAAGAACCCGGAAGUGCUCCGAUAUCCCUCUGAACCGCUCCGAUGUGUUCCGAAAGGACCGGAAGUGCUCCGAAGUUCUCCGAAGCGACCCGAAGUGCUCCGAACGCUUCCGAAAUGAGCCGAAAAGCUCCGAAGCUCUCGGAUGUUCUACGAACAUUUCCGAACAGCUCCGAACGGACCGGAAGUGCGCCGAAGAACCCGGAAGUGCUCCGAUAUCCCUCUGAACUGCUCCGAUGUGGUCCGAAAGGACCGGAAGUGCUCCGAAGGUACCGGAAGUGCUUCGAUUGGACCCCAAUCACAACGGGCUGCCCCGAUGUUCUCGGUGAUGCCCGAAUGCUCUCCGAUCUGUUCCGAAUUUCCCCGAAAG